AUGUCUUUCAGCCACAACGACCACACUAAUUCUGCCCACAUCCGCAAAGAGCUGCUUUUUGUUUGCUGCAAGAACGAAGACAUUGCCAUCGAUCGCAUAAGACAGCUACAAAAUGUGUUUCCUAGCCCAACAGACACGAUGUUGUCUCCAGUGAGCAAAGCUUUAAGAGCUCGAACUUUUCAAAGCAAUCGGAACGUCAUAACUUGGCUAAUACGAGAGACAUGCUUUUUGCCUACAAAUAACAUAAAGCAUUUUUUUGGUUUUAUCCCGUACGAAGUAUAUCAAACUAAUGACAUCGGAAUCGUAUCCAUACCCUUAGAAAUGAGCUCUACAAUUGACGUAAUUCUCAAUCGUAUCGACCGCAUCUUUCGCCCUCAUGAAAUCGUGCAAGGUCAGGUGGUCAUCUCGUCGCCCAAGGGUUUCUCCCACCAAGGUCUGGCUAUGAAGGUCGAGGGCAGUGCACGUCUUCAGGUUUCCACUAAGAGCAAAGGAUUCUUUGAGUCACCUCAUCAUAAUGUAAAGCCUCUAGAGCUCGUAUAUUUUCAUCUUCCCGUGGCUCCAGCAGGCAAAGUACCGCCUGGUAUCUCCAAAUUUCCCUUUGAGUUUGAGCUACAAGGCAACGAGGACCAGAAAUUGCUGGAAACGUAUCACGGCGUCUACAUUUCAGUUAAAUACGCGAUUAUUUGCGAUUGUAUUCGAAGCAUUAUGAAGAACAAGUUACAGAAAAGUUUGGAGUUUGUGGUGGAAGUACCGCUGAAGGAACCACUUCCAGAUUCCCCUCAAGAGUUUCAUAUCACUCCUAAGUCGUUAGAGAACGUUCGACAGCAAAGGCUAUCGAUGAUGCCAUCCUUUCAUAUCACAGGUAAGAUUCACCGCACAAAUUGCCCAAUAAAUUUACCAUUUACUGGCGAGGUAAUAAUUGAGGAAGCAAAGAGUCCAAUCAAGUCGGUAGAAUUACAGCUAAUUCGAGUUGAAAGUGUGGCUCAUGACGAAGGAAUUGCGAAAGAUGCAACUGAGAUUCAAAAUGUUCAAAUUGGAUGGGGUGACGUUUGUCGCCAAAUGCCAAUUCCCAUCUACAUGAUCUUUCCGCGGUUGUUUACAUGCCCGACAAUGUUGACCCCUACUUUUAAGGCUCGCAAGUUUACCACCAACAAAUCGUUUUGCUCAGACACAUUUUUAAAGAUCUUGUUGACCAACAAAGAGAAAAUUUCAGACGGCAUGAUUGAAACAUUGGCAAUCUCAUCCAUAAGAGUCUUUCUCUUGACACUCUCAAUAGCUGCGGCAUCGUGA